CUUUGUGGCCGGAGCAGAGCUCUUGUGGAAACCCUAGAAAUGGAUCUCUAGAAAAGAAGGUUUUUUUUUUUCUCCUUUCGAUCUCUUGAUCUCUUUCUCUUCAUCUCAUUAUCUUAGACGGAGGAUUCUCUAGUUGAUUGGCACCGUCAGAAUGAAAAGGCAUCAGAUUUGAAGCUCUGGAUCUUGAUCUUAUACGGUAUGAUAUUUGGACGGGAUUCAGGGAUGACGGAGAGGAAGCAAUGUAGGCUGUGGUGGCCGGAGUGGCUCUUGUCUAGCGAGCCGAGUUUUGGAUUCUUGCUGUUCGGUUGGUUUAUGAAUGCCGGGGAGGACCUUGUUGUGGCUGCUGCUGUUUCCCUCAGUGAAAUCUCCCCGUGUCUUCAGCAAUCUGAGGUUCAGAAGGAUGCCCUUACCACUGCAAGAAUCUUCAACAUUCACACUUCUUGGACAAUGCAUUGCAUCUUGUAGUGAAGGAGAUUUAAAGAUGGAGCGUCAGAACCUGGAUGAUCUUUCCCAAAGAAAUGAUGGCCAAGAACAUUGUAAUGAACCUGAGCAAAGUUCUCCCUCAGGAAAGGCUGUUAGAUCAUCCCUGGGGACAGCUUUUGCUGAAAACUACAGAAAAUCUAAAUGUGGCUGUAAGAAACUUGAUCAGGGUUUAGAAUUGUUUAGGCAGUCUUCAACUAGAUGCGGGACAUGGAUCCAGCUUAUCCCCCAAACCCAAAGAAUCAUGUUCAAGGAAAACAGAUGGGCCCCAAAGUUUCACCACAUGCAUAUAAGUGGACAGUGGCUGCCCAUUUGUGACGUCCACCUGAUAGCAUAUAAACCCCCAUUAUUUGGUAGCCAUCAUUUUUCUCUGAACUCCUGGGGUUUUGAAAAGGAGGUUAGAGCCCCUUUCAAUAGACCAAAUUGGGUUGCAAGGCUUUACAAAAAAUCACUGCUUCCUGAUAUGGAUUCAGUUGUGUUGGCAAUUAACUGCACAAAUGCUGCUAAGGUACAUUCUGAGAGAUAUUUGAGUAUUAAAGGGCCUCAGAUCCACUUUCGAAGGAUUUGCAUGUUGUUAUCUAUGAUAUGGCACAUUGUGGCAGCACUUGUAGCUUCAGUGUCUUCUGUUGUGUACAUCAUUCUUCAGGUGUUUCAUAGAUCUUUAGCGUAUGGAUCUCAAAGAUUCUUCUUCAGGUUUUUAAAAGAGAUUUUGAGACACACAUUCCAGAAUAUACACAUUCGCAGUUGUCAGCUUUUGUAUUGGCCUGUUUUUCUUCAGACCUACGGUUUUAGCUCUUCAUUGAAUAUGGAAUAUUCACAUAAAGCUUCUCUGAAGAAACACUUCAUCUGGUCUAAUGUUGUCGUUGAUCUUCUUUUGGGAAACAUUAUCGGGUUGAUCUUAUUUGCUAAUGCCAAAGCUCUUUCCUUUAAGAUUAUGCUGAUCAAUCGCAAUGUGACAGAUAACUUGUUGCGGUCUGGUUUUGCAUGGUUAAUGGGUGUGCCAGCUGGUUUUAAGCUGAAUACUGAAUUAGCAGAGCUUCUUGGCAUGGUUUCACUUAAUGCCAUACAAGCUUUCUCUACUUUCUGGUUCAUUGCUAGUUCUUUUCUGAAAUACUUCAUAAAUGGGCUUUCAUUGUUUGGCAUCGUUAUGGGCCUUACUGUCCAAGCUGCUCUGUGCAUAGACAUGCUUAAGCUUGCGACUUUGCAUAUAUCAAUGCUUCAUCAGUUAAUAUCAGUUAUUUAUAUGCAACAGAUAAAGGCUGUAGCAUCUUUGUGGCGCCUUUUCAGAGGUCGAAAAUGGAAUCCUCUUCGUCAGAGGUUAGAUAGUUAUGACUAUACUGUUGAGCAGCAUGUUGUUGGUUCACUUGUCUUUACGCCACUCUUACUGCUAUUGCCCACGACAUCUGUUUUUUACAUUUUCAUCGCCAUGUUGAGCACCUCAAUCAGUUUCAUCUGUAUCAUUAUGGAGAUUGCCAUCUCCAUCCUUCAUGAAACUCCUUAUUUCGAAAUUUUGUUAUGGAUUAUGAGAAGAAGAAGAUUCCCCUCUGGAUUAUGGUUCCAGAUUCCAGCUUUAUCUUCAGCCCAUGGUUCCAUAAGUGGUGGAUUGCAGCAUGAAGGCCACUCCACAUUUGACUUAUCAAUGUUGAUGUCUUUUGACACCAGUGGAGAACCAGGAUACGCAGUUUCAAUUGUUCAGAGCAACUUUGCAACAUUAGGGCAAGUAAUCUCACCAUACUAUAGGAAUGUGCUUCAAGGUUUCUCUCUACUCUUUGGGAAAUCAUCACUUCAUGGGAUUCUUAUGGGUCAAAGAAUCCCUUUAACUUUAGGAGCCCGUUUUCAUCCCGCAUUCCCUUGGAUGCAUAUUGGCUGCGGAGAAUACUGGAAGCUUUGUUAUAGUUCAGUGCUUGCUUGCAGAUCAGAGUGAUGAUAGCGGUUCUGAAUUUUUCUUACAAUUCUAACAAGGAACUUAACCUAACUUGAAUGUCCUGAAUUCAGCCAGUUUGGCCGUCACUCAUUCUUUCGUCUUUGAUUUGUUACUGCCUCUUGUGCUCAUUUUUAUGGUUUUAGGUAUUAUCCCUCGUCCAAGUUCUUAUUAAAAAUUCAGAUUUGUAAAAUACCCCUAUUGUUCGAUAUUAGUCUUGUGAAGUGCGAACGAUUCAGGUUUUUUUUUUUUUAAUUUUUUAUUUUUAGCCUCACGUAGUAUAUAAAGUUUUGGCUGGAUUUUUAGGGAUGAUUCAUAAGAUUUUGGUGUUUGGUGAGGGGAAAGACAUACAUGUGUGGUUAAAGAAAUCUUUUUCCAAUUGUUGGUUUUAGAAAAUUUUUAUUGUACUAAAGAGUCGUUUCAUUGUAAAAUUUUAUU